AUGGCGCCGGGCUCGCUGGUGGCGGCCUGCCGCAGCCUGGCCCUCUCAACGUGGCUGCUCUCCUUCUGCUUCGUCCACCUGCUGUGCCUGGACUUCACCGUGGCCGAGCGGGAAGAAUGGUACACCGCCUUCGUCAACAUCACCUACGUGGACCCCGCCACGUCGGAGCUGCGCACCGAGAAGACGGAGUGCGGCCGCUACGGGGAGCACUCGCCGAAGCGCGACGCCAAGGGGAGAGCGCUGCCGGUGGCGCCGCUCGACCGGCAGGCCUGCGACCCCAACGGCCGGUUCGCGGUGCCCGCGCGGGCCGGGGCCUGGGUGGCGCUGGUCGCCGGGGGCAACUGCACCUACGAGGACAAGAUCCGCCACGCCACGGCCCAAAACGCCUCGGCGGUGGUCGUCUUCAACGUGGGCUCCUCCGUCGUCAACGAGACCAUCACGAUGGCUCAUCCGGGUACGGGCGAGGUGGUCGCCAUCAUGAUCCCGGAGCCCAAAGGCCGCGAGGUGGCCGCCCUGCUGGAGCGCAACGUGGCGGUCACCAUGACGAUCACCAUCGGGACCAGGAACCUGCAGAAGUACGUGAGCAGGACGUCGGUGGUGUUCGUGUCCAUCUCCUUCAUCGUGCUGAUGAUCAUCUCGCUGGCCUGGGUCGUCUUCUACUACAUCCAGAGGUUCCGCUACGCCAACGCCCGAGACCGCAACCAGCGUCGCCUCGGCGACGCGGCGAAGAAGGCCAUCAGCAAGCUGCAGGUGCGCACCAUCAGGAAGGGCGACCAGGAGACCGAGGCCGACUUCGACAACUGUGCCGUCUGCAUCGAGGGCUACAAGGCCAACGACGUGGUGCGCAUCCUGCCCUGCAGACACCUGUUUCAUAAGAGCUGCGUGGACCCGUGGCUGCUGGACCCCCGAACAUGUUCUAUUGUGGCAAGAGGAACAUCCUCAGAGCCCAUCGGGAUCGCCUGUGAACUGAACGCCGACUGCCUGGACGACCUGCCGCUGGACUACGACCUGCCGCUGGGCGGUGUAGGGGGAGUGGGCGGAGUCGGGGCCCUGGCGCUAGAGGCCAGCGACGGCACGCUGAGCGAGGGUGGCUCCUCCGUGGUGCUGGAUCCCGGCGUGCGGCGGGUGGGACUCCCUCAGGACUACCAGGACCCCGACACCCUGAGGGACAGCCCGUUGACGGCCACCACAGACACACACACAGGUGAACUCCAGCCGAUGACCAGCAGCACCUCGGUGGCGUCCUUGGUCAUCACGGUGGAAACGGGUCUCUCAGACGAGGAGGGGUCCAUAGAUCAGUGUCAGAUGGGGGACAAGUCCUGAGAGGAGACCAACAGUACUGAACCUGAGCCCCCCCCCCCCCUAAACGGACAAAUCGGGUUCAGGAUUUUUACGUACUCGAGUGGACCUGAAGCUCCAGUGAACGACCCAACUGAAACCAACCCCUGGACCUGGUUCUAGUGUUUCUCUUUGGACCUGUGAGACACUGAGCCAAACUAAACUACCUUCUCUGCACCCCGGCAAUGGGGCUCGAGACCAGCUCAAAACCAGGACCUAGACCCUGGAGGGUUUGCACAUGGAUUCAUGUUGGCUCAAGGUGUGUGUUGGUUUUGCUCUGGACUUCAGGGUGUGACUUCAUGAUUGGUCUGCGAGAUUGGAUCCAGGAUGUGUUCUCACAAGACUCUGGUCUUACUCUCAGUUCUACCGGGAUGUAGGUUAGUCCACCUUUCUGGUUCUAGAAGUAGACUCCCUUACCUGUUCUGGUUCCAACCCACAGCGACAGAAACGUCCACUCCAAAAGUUGUGGACUUUUGUCUCCUGAUUUUGAUGGUUGAAUGGGAUUCAAAGUGGGUCUCCUGAAGCUACAUGCAACCCGUGAGAACAUGAGGAUGAUCAUGUGUUUCCUGGUCCUUCAAGGCACAACAAACUAAACCAGAUCUGCUGGAGACGUGCUCGCUUUCGGUCCUGGUCUGGGUUCCCUAGAGGAGACGAUAACCAAGUUCUCAUUUUCUCUUUCUGCCUGACUUUGUGUGUUUUCUGGUGUUUCUGUUAAAGCGGUGGACUCUGUACUACGCACAGUGUUUCUAGGAUCUUUAAAGGCUCCUUUAUCUCUAGAGUACACUGGUACUGACAGUAUUCACUUUGGGUUCCCUCUGUGCGUCUCGGAGAACAGGUUAUGAUAUAAAGUAUGUGAAGCACUACAGUGUUCCUGUAUUUACACUUUUUUUUAGAAUCGUAGUGUUGCGCCAAUAUUAAACGCUUCUAUUAAUGUACGUUUUUGUUAGCUUUACAUUUCAAGCCGCCUCUCCGCAAUGCUAGCGAUGUACGUAGCGAUCGCUCACACCACCGAGAGGUGGACAAAUAAAGUCCACUCAAUGCCGUCAAGUGUUAGUCGAGACUUCAGUUUGAGCCUCUACGUGUAAAAUAAGGCUCCACCAGUUGCUCCGGAUCGUUGGACGGAAGCCGCGUUGGAGCGUCAUACCGCGGAACUUCCCGGACUGCCAGAGGGACGUUUGCGAGUUCGGCAACAAACCAGAAAAUCCUCCGAAUGGUUGAAGGCCAGAUUGACGGAUCGGACGCCGUAAUCGGGCGAUACAGUCGGGUCGUCAUUGUGCAAUGUAGUCGGGCCUCGUAAUCGACCGCUCUGAUUCAUCGUAAGUAGCAAUCAGAAGCUGUAAUCGGGCAAAGUCGGGCUUCAUGGUGGUGUUCUAGUGCCCUGUAACCGGGCAAUAGGUCCUAAUCCGGCAUUGUGUUCUGCAGUUUUGGGUAAAGCGUUAAAGCCGUGACGUAGGAACCCUGUUGUUAGCGUGGCCUUGUUUGUUUCAUCGUCCCACCACCACCACGGCCUCAUGCUGCCUUUCAGUAAAAACCCUUUAACCUUUUGAACCCUGACAAUCAAGAACCGACCAUCACUCACUAGUCCGGCAUUUCUCCUCCGAUCUUUAGCGAAUCCUAAUAUGCGUUUUCUAAACGUUAGAAACUCCGCGUAGGGAAUGUGUCCUUGCCUCAAGUGAAGGAGUUCAGGUACUUGGGGUCUUGUUUGUCAGUGAGGGGGAGAUGGAGUGUGUUGCCCUCGCUUUACCACAUCGUUGAGACGAAAAGAACUGCGCCAGAAGACAAAGCUCCCAAUCUACCUUUGGUCACGGCGGAUGGGUCAUGACCAAAAGAACUAGGUCACGGGUACAAGCGGCCGAAAUGGGUUCCCUUAGGAGGGGGGCUGGCGUCUCCCUUUGAGAUAGUGGGAGGGGCUCUCCUUUAGGGCAAAGGGGCCAGUUGAGCGGGUUGGGGCAUCUGGUGAGGCGGGAGGAUGGACCUCCCCAGGGCUGGCUGGGAAGAAGACCCAGGCCGGUGUGGAGGGAUCUGGGGACGCCUUUGGAACCCCUCAAAGCUGCUCGAUGUGGCCCAAAAGGGACGUUUGUUUGUGCCCUGCUGGGACGUGGAAGUCCUCUGUGAGACGUUCGCAUGCUCCCCUGCUUCAGUGAGGCGCCAUGAGAGAUACAGAUUGUCGUCUAUUUUGAUAACAGAGGAGACGUUUUUAUUUUUGUAACAAAGACACCGAGCAGCAACGACUGAAUUCCUUCUAAGUUACCAAGUUCACUUGUUAAAGGUGGAGAACCAACGCUGUGGUGUGUAGAGAACAAUGAAUAAGUAGGAUCCUUUUUAUCUUGUUCCUCUGGUAGAGACUGAGGCUGGUCUGGCAUGGACCCCCCCCCCCCUCCUCCACCCUAAGUACCGUAGCGUAUCCGAAGCCAAGUUUUAAAGUUUGCUAUGUGCGUCAGCGUUUAAUAUAUCUGUUAAUAAGUCAUUAGACGGUAUACUUUUCAAAGUGGAACCAAUGUUUUUCUUUGAUGUGUUCCCAUUGUCCGUUGACUGAACGGACCCCCGUGUCACUGCCAGUAAUGACGUCCGGUUGGUUUCUCCCGGUCCCGUCUCUUCUCGCGGCCCAUUGGCUGUUUUCAUUGGUUGCUUGGCCUCUUUUUGUCGAUGUACUUUAACUCCUCUGGAAGGUUCUGGAAAACAACUCAACUGUCUAUUGUUCUCGUUGCUGUUCCUUUGUUCCCUACUUUUAAACUCCCAUUUUUACUUGUUUUCCAUCAAGAUAUCUAUGUUUCUAAAAAAUUGUGGACGGAUUGGCCAGACUGCUGCAGACGAAAUUGUGUCAAAUUUGUGUGAAUAGGAUUGAGAAAAGCAUCUGGGAGAUGUUUCCUUGUCCAGAUUAAACUUUCUGUGAUCAACUGCCAAAUAUUGUGCCACGAUUUGUAGUUUGUGUCAAUCGCUAGUUGUGUAAUUGUACUGGGAUUAUACAUUUUGACCUUACUUAUCAUUUUUAACUGCGCAGCGCUGACUUUUAUUUUUUACUUGACACAAAGCGGCAAAAGGAGAAAGGAUUUCCAGAUCCCUCCAGAGACACGUGCAAGUCGAGACAUCCCGUGCAUCUCCAGCCUCUGCUACCAUGACAACAGGAGUGUGAUGAAGUGUGUGUGUGUGUGUGUGUGUGUGUGUUUCUAGGAUGUGUGUGUGGUAGUCCUAGACACGCAAACACAAAGUUUACACACACACACACAGGUGUAAAUAUGAGGCGGCGGCGGCGUGACGCCAUGUUGUUUCUGUGUUUCAAUUGUUGCACGUGUUCUCAUUCAGGACAGAAUUUAAAUAAAAAUGUGAAUUCAA